AUGAAGAGUGAAAUUACAACUAUUACUGUUUCACAGCCUGUUGAGGAUUCUGAUAAAAUUGUAGAUCCUUCUCUUCUUAUUAAUAAAAGACCAAAGAGAGCAGUGAAGCAAGUAGUUCCUUUUAGCUAUGAAGCUAAAGAAUCCAAGAGUCGCUCAAGAAAGAAAUUAGAAAAUAUUGGCCAAGGCUCAGGAACACCUCUUGGUGAAAUCCCCGCUGUUUCACGUAAUAUUAAUCGUUUAAAAUACAAUGAUGAUGUAUUGAAAGGUCUACACAAACUCUUUUAUGGAACUGUUGGUAUGAAAAAUGAGAUUAAAUCAAACAUCCGCCGAUUUUCUGGAUUUUCUAAUGCCACGCCUGUAGACGAAAUUGUCAUUAAGGAAAAAUUGGAAAAAUGGAAAUUAAUUGGACUGAAAAACAUGUGUACUGUCUUUAACUUGAAAGCAAGUGGCGAUAAAGGAACUAUAAUUGAUAGACUUUAUAGUUGGUUAAUAAAUCCAAAAGAAGUAUCCGGUUCUGAUGAGAGCAAGGCUCAGAGAAAAACUAAAUCAUCAUUAUUAUCAUCUAAAAAAUCCAAAGCUCCUCGUAAGAAAUCUGCUAGAGACAUUUUUAUGAAUGAAAAAAGAUCAUUAUAUAGAGCUAUGGAAGAGCACAAAUCUAAAAAUCGUGUUGACAUUGAUAAGAUUUUAUCUGAGGCAUGGAAAGGCGUAUCUGCUGAGGAGAAAAAAGAAUUCGAAGAAAAAGCAAAAGAAGAAAAUAUUAAGACCGGUAAAACAAUUAAUAAAAAGCAAUCAUCUAAAAAAGUUAAAUCUUCUGAAACAAAAAACAAAACUGGCGAAGAUAAUGAAGAUGAUAAAGUUGCCGAUGGCAAAACUGAUGAUGAUGAUAAACUUGCUAAUAAAGAUGAUAAUAAAGAAAUUGGCAAGGUUGAUAACGACAAUAGCAAAAUGGAUAUUGAUAAAAUUGUCGUGAAAACUCAAGACGAUGUGAAAAAAAAUAAAGAGUCAAAUGGCGUUGAUAAAGGUAAUGAUAAAGAAAAGUUGAUGAAAGACGACGAAGAUCAAGAAAUUAAAAAAGGAAUAAGCGAUGAAGCUGAAAAAGUAACCAAAGUUUCAAGAAAGCGCAAAUCGGCAAAUGAUGACAAGGAUGAAAAAUCUGGUGAAAGUUCUAAAAAAAGUAAAGCAGCAACACCAGUAGAAGUUAGUCCCGGUGUCGAGAAAGCUUCUAAAAGUUCAAGAAAACGUAAAACACUAGGAGAAUCAGGAGAACUAGUAGAAGAUCAAGAUGAACAACACAAAAGUUCAUCAUCAAAAAAGAUCCAAGUAACCGAUCCUGCAAUUGAAAAUAAACGAAAACGUGGCAAAAACUGA